CUGAAUUAGGCGGAAAUGACGUUAUCCGGAUGUCUUGGUGCAAUAAGCCAGCCGGGGGUAGAUUCCUGUGGAAGGACAGAGGUACCACAGGGACGGGGUAUGUAGAGAGUAACUGUCUUAGUGGAUAUGCACAUACAUGCAACGCCGAUGUGCCGUUUUAGCAGAAUAAUUUUUAAUAUCGCUCACUGACCAGAGAUUUUAAGUUUGUUUUAAAAAGAAAAUGAAGAAAAGAAGAAGAGCUUUUGCAAACGUUGACCCCCAUCAGUCCAGGGAGAAUAGGAAAGAAACCCCGGCAGGUUCUGCUUGUGUCCAAGGCGAUGCAGAAGAGUCGUCGUCUGAUCAUGUCGCUGUUCCUCAAGGUUCGGAUCAGAGGAGGUCCUUGUGCUCCGUUAACUACAACAAAAACUUGCUGAAGUAUUUGAACGAUGACCGCCAACGUCCGACAUCCUUCUGCGAUCUACUUGUUGUAGUGGAGGGAAAGGAAUUUAAGGUGCACAAAGUGGUGGUAGCUGUGGGCAGUAGUUACUUCCAUGCUUGCUUAAGCAAGAACCCACAGACUGAAGUCGUGACUUUAGACCACGUCAGUAGCUCAGUAUUUCAACACUUGCUUCAUUUUCUUUACACUUCAGAAUUUUUGGUGUGGGAGAACGAAAUAAGCAUAGUCUUAGAGGCAGCAAAGUUUCUUGAUAUCAUAGACGCGGUGAAGUUGUUGGCUGCUGAGAAUGACGGUGGCUCUCAAGUUGGAAUCCAAUCAAACCCAAAGGUAGACGAGUCCGAUAAUAAAGCGGAAACCAGUAACAAGUGUCAGGUGUGUGGACGCAAUUUCUGCUACAAAAAGACCCUGGAAAACCAUAUAGAGAAAGCCCAUGGUUUUGGUAAACAAUGUGAGGCUUUAAACUCUGAUCCGUCCACCAGAAAGUCAACCCGAAAAAGGAAGUGCCCUGCAAAAUUUGCAAAUGGGAAGGAGUUGGAAAACAACAGUAUGUCAAGCAGCGAGUCUGACAAAAGCGACCAAGACAGAACGCUCUCUUCAGAGUCUGAUAGUGAGGCGAACGAGGAAGAGAAUGAGCUGCGGGAAAAUGAGCAGGCAGAGGAAGGAGAUGAUGGCGAAGAGACAUCUGGGGAAGAUGAUUGGCAAAGUGCUGAGGAGCUUGAUGGACCCGAAGAGGCCAAUGUGAAUUCUGACGCUGGUGGAAAUUACCCAGAAGGACUUGCACCCAUUGUGUUACAGAAAAACAGUAAAAAACUGUUAAAAUGCCCAAAAUGUGAAAAGAUCUUUGACAGAGUUGGGAAGUAUGAGAGUCAUACUCGUGUACAUACGGGGGAGAAGCCCUUCGAAUGUGACAUCUGCCAGCAGCGGUACUCCACCAAAUCUAACCUGACCGUUCACCGGAAGCGUCACGCCAGCGAGACAGUCAUUCACAGUAAGGAGCACAAGUGUCCGUUUUGCAGCAAACUUCACGCAAGCAGGAAGACCCUUGUUAAGCAUGUCAGGAGAUUUCAUCCUGAAAAAGCACAAGAAUUCUUGGCUAUUAAGAAGAUAAAGAAUGAAGGCUGGAAAUGUGAUAUCUGCAAUAAAUCGUUCACAAGGCGGCCGCACCUUGAAGAACACAUGAUCCUGCACACUCAGGACAAGCCCUUCAAGUGCACCUACUGUGACGAGAAGUUCAAAUCUCGCUUCAAAAGGCUGAAGCAUCAAGAAAAAUUCCACUUGGGACCUUUCCCUUGUGACAUUUGUGGACGUCAGUUUAACGACUCUGGAAAUCUGAAACGUCACAUUGAUUACACGCAUGGAGGGAAAAGGAAGUGGACGUGCUUCAUCUGUGGAAAAUCAGUUAGGGAAAGAACAACACUGAAAGAACACUUGAGGAUACAUAGUGGGGAGAAACCGCACCUUUGUAGUAUAUGUGGACAGAAUUUUCGGCAUGGCAGUUCAUACAGGCUACAUCUUCGUGUGCACCAUGAUGACAAGCGUUAUGAAUGCGACGAAUGUGGGAAAACCUUCAUACGUCACGACCAUCUCACCAAACAUAAGAAGAUACAUUCUGGUGAGAAAGCACAUCAGUGCGAGGAAUGUGGAAAAUGCUUUGGGCGCCGGGACCAUCUGACUGUGCAUUAUAAGAGUGUACAUCUAGGAGAAAAGGUCUGGCAGAAGUACAAAGCCACUUUUCAUCAAUGUGAAGUCUGCAAAAAGGUCUUCAAAGGAAAGUCAAGUCUGGAAAUGCAUUUUAGGACACAUUCUGGUGAAAAGCCAUACGAAUGCCACAUCUGCAACCAGUCAUUCCGAAUCAAGAAAACGCUGACGAAGCACUUAGUCAUCCACUCAGAUGCCCGUCCCUUUAACUGCCAACAUUGCAAUGCCACUUUUAAACGUAAAGACAAACUGAAGUAUCACAUUGACCAUGUUCAUAACUCCAAGGCAGAAGAAGAAACAUGUGAAGAACCAAAAAGCUUCCCGGUCGGAUCAGAGAACACUGGUGCGGAUAUCUGCGUACCGCUCACACUCGUGCCUGUCGAUCUUGCCGAAACAGAGGGCGAAUUAGAGAGGCACAAUUCAUCUGUGCUUCCGGCACCAGACUACCCACGAACCCCUGAUUUAGCCUUUCUUGAGAAAUACACUCUUACCCCACAGCCGACGACACUUUUACACCCAGUGAGACCGGAGCAGCUUCUGGAGAGCAGAGAACACUCUUACCUGGGGACUUUACUGGGACUGGAGCCUCCGCAUCCCGUGCAGAGUGUCGUCACAGGAGAACAUCACUGAUCCGGUGCUUAAACAUUCCUUGUGCUUUACCCUGAAAGGAACCACCCCAGCCUGGUUUAUGAUUGUUUUCUUUGAUGGCUACACAACCGUGUUUGUUGGAAUUGUAACUAUGUGGCUGCUUUAAAGCUGGGAGUCCAGACAAUCCAUUUAGAAAAUGAAUACUGCCCAGCUCUCCUUAUCUUGAAGCAGACCUGUCAUCGACAUAUAUCAUGAUUAAAAAUAUUUAUUAAAUCUA